UCUGUUGUUUUGAUCAUAGUUGUCAAUUUUAAUUGUCAUCAUUAUCGCUUUGUUGUUUUGAUCCAGGUUUAGAAACUAAGUAAAGUCUUAGGAAAUUAGAAACCUUAUCCACUAAACCUCCUCAUUUAUUAUUAAUUUAAGGUAGGCCUACCUCUAUUUAUCCUCAACCGAGCGACCUAAACAUUCUGUGAUGCCAAUAAACAAGAUUCAUGAUUUGGAUAUUUCCUGGAUCAACAGCAUAGAAGUCAACGAUUCUGAAAUAAAAACCAAAGUGGCAACAGCAAGUUUUACCUCCAAAAAUAAUAUUGCUGAAAAAUCAAAUGAAGACUGGUUAAAAAAAUCGUUAACCUGUGUUGAUUUAUCGUUACUGGUCGGAAACGAAACUCCAGCUUCAAUUGAAAAGCUAUGCCAGCAGGCUGCUUUUCCACUAAAAAAUCAGAAUCUGCAAGUCCAGCUAGCCGCUGUGUGCGUGUACCCUUCCAGAGUCCGGGAUGCAGUUUCAGCUAUCAAGUCCCUUGGUGUCAACAAUACUGUUCUUGUGGCUUCAGUCGCUGCUGGGUUUCCGACCGGACAGUUCCCACUGCACACCCGCAUCGCUGAGAUCUACUACGCUGUGGCCAUGGGUGCAGAUGAGAUUGAUGUGGUGAUAGACCGUAGCCUCGUGUUGAGGGGUCACUGGGCGGAGCUGUACAAUGAGCUGGUGCAGAUGAGAGCGGCCUGUGGCGAGGCUACUCUAAAGGUCAUACUCUCCGUCACGGAGUGCGGCUCCUUGACCAACGUUUAUAAGGCUUCAGUCGUCGCUAUGCUCGCCGGCGCUGACUUCAUUAAAACUUCUACUGGCAAAGAAGCAACCACUAUGUCAAUGCAUGAGGGGCUGGUCAUGUGUCAAGCGAUUAGAGAGUUCUACAAAAAAACUGGCGUCAAGGUUGGGCUGAAGCCAGCUGGAGGAAUCAGAACAGCCGAGCAAGCAAUCAGCUGGUUGAUCAUGAUCCAACAGGAGCUCGGAGACGAAUGGCUCGACCCCAAACUGUUCCGGAUCGGAACCUCAGGAACUUCAUCCUUGGUGCCGAGUGUAGCAAGUGCCUUAAAAGAGGAGGUCAACAUGAUCAAUUAGUUAUGCAAAGGUAAAAAGUCAUAAAGGUUGAUAUUUUAAAAUAUUAUGUAGGCCUAGCUUGAUUAUAGUAGCAAUAUUUGUUUCAGAAUUGUCGAAUUUUGUUAAAUUUUUGAGGUUUUAAUAAUUUUUUUGCUUAGUAAGUUUUCCAUUUUAAAACGUUGAGACUAACCAUUUUAAACAGUCCAUGCUACUUUUUUAUGGUUAGAAACUGGACACAGCUGCUGCUCUUGAUCUUCGAGCGUUUAAAUGGCCCUUAGUCAGUCCUUACAUCAGUUAGUAGAAGGCUUCAUUGAUCAACCACUUCAUUCUACACUCAUCCUGUAUUAUUUUAUAUUCACCUUAAAAUGCGUUCACUAAUUUUGGACGUCUGAAAUUGGUGAAUGUGCAAGAAGCCUAAAGCGUUUUUUACAAAGAAAUGUUCUUUAAAAAUUUUUACACUGCUGUUUUAUUAAGAUGAAAAAGUAAGUGCUAUUCCAUUCAGUAUGUUUGAUAAAUAACUCAAUUUGUUUACUUAUUUCUUUGUUUAUCCAUGUAAAAUUGUAGGGAAACAAGUUUUGACAUUUUUAUUCAUCCCACGUUUGCUGGUAAGGUUAUUGCAGUGUGUGUUACAUUUUAAAUUGCAGAAUUUCCUAUUGUUACCAAUUGUGAUAACUGACUGUUAAAACAAUUUAAGACUGAUUAGAAACUAUCAUAUUAAGAUAAAUUUUGUUGUGUAUUUAAUAUAGAAAUGGGUAAAAUAUUAGAAGUACCACAGUAGAUGAAGCAUAACUAUUUUAUAAAUCUAUAUUUUAGAACUUUCGGUUUUUUCUAGUUUAUAACAUCAUCAUGUGCCAAUGAU